UACACUGUGAGAGAGGAGGCAUGUGGGUGAAGAACGACAGAAACUCAGGAGAAACGGCCCUCACAUAAACAUGUAGGAAAUCGUACACACAUGUAUAUGCAAAGACGGGCAGCAGCGGGAUGGACCAGAGAGUUGCACACAGUUUUUACCCCCCUGAGGGCCAGCCCAGCAGACCCAGAGAUGUGCUUGUUAAGUCAGCCUCAGCAUAUGCAGAUAUACAAUGGGAACAGUCUCAUCAGCCGAGAAACCCGGACAGGGAUCCAUUUGAUUACCCUCAUCGUGAGAUCCCCCCGUUGCCCAGUUAUGCUCCUCAACCUGAUUACAUGACAAGGGAUGAAGAUCUCAUCAAGCCUAAAAAGCUGAUGAAUCCAGUGAAAGCCUCUAAAAGCCACCAGGAACUUCAUCGAGAGCUGCUUAUGAACCAUAAACGAGGUUUUGGUGUGGAGAAUAAGCCAGAAUUGCAACGUGUGUUGGAGCAAAAGAAAAGAGAGCAGGCAAGUAAACAGAGAAAGCAGGAGGAGGAGGCCAGGAGGAAAAUAUCUCCAUUGGAACAUGAACUUCUCAAGAGACACCAGAAACUAGAGGAGCUGGAGAAGGAGCAGACAAGACUGGGGGAUAGCAACUGCAGCGCUCCAGAGUUCAUAAAAGUGAAGGAGAACCUGAGACGGACAUCAUUUACAAGUUCUGGAGAGAAGGAGGUGUAGGGGUGUAAACAAAGACUGGAACCAUGUGUGUUUGUGCACAGCCGGUAACAUAGAGACCUGCUGCAGCUCCUAAACACCACUCACACGACUGCGCUUCUCUACUUCCUGUCUCACACUCACAACACCCUCACCUCUCACUGUAGCAGGUUCAGAGAGGGCAGAGAGGACAAGACCCAAAGAGCCUCUGCUACACUUUCACAUCAUGAGGAGGUUGACACUUAAGAGGUUUCAAGAGACUGCAACGAGAAAAAGAGUGUUGUUGUUUGUCUUUUUCUUCUGCUAUGGGUAAAAGAUUAACUGCCCAGGUUGCUUAUCAGUUUGUGCAUCCAUGGACGGACAGCUAUGUUCUGGUUCUGUCACAUUCAAUGAAAAUGUGAAAACAAGGCACAGGGAAAAGUUUCAGAGUGAACAAACAGUCUAUUGCUCUAUAAAUGUUAAGCAGAACAUUUAUAAGGCAGCAAUUAGAGAAACAUAUCAGUAUUAUAAACAAAUUAUUGCUUAUCAAACCGCCAAAUAUUUUGAUCAUUGCCUACUUUUAAACAUUGCCUCUUAUAAUUAAGAAUCAGCACUUGUCACUUUUAAAUGAGAAUAUAACAAAUAUUAUUCUUUUCAGCUUUCGUCACCCUUGAUUUGCAGCAUAACUCUGAGACAUUGCAAGAAAAAAAAAUGAAUUUUACUCCUCAGAAAAAAAUUAAAUGUUAAAAUGUAAAAUUUUACUUAAAACAAAAAAUAAAAAAUAGAAACAUUAGAUUAGAUUAGAUUUAGAAUAGAUUCAACUUUAUUGUCAUUGUACAUGUGGGUAGAAGGCAAUGAAAUAUAGUACAGGGGAAGAAGAGAUACAGCAUAACAUUAGAAAAGAGAGGAUAAAAAACAACAUCCAGACUAAGCUCCUUUGGGAGCACAGUGUGAGAACAGGAAAACGGCGGCAAAAGUGGCGAAGGCGAGGGAUAGGGGGCGGGGGUUGUAUGCAUAUCUGUAUAUAUGUGCGUGUGUGUGUGUGUGUGUGUGUGUGUGUGUGUGUAUGUAAUGUAUUGAUCAUCGCCACAAUGAUAUGGCUAAAAUGAACUAAAAUGGCUGUUUACUUUUACAUGAAAUUAACCAUUUGAUUUGAGGAUUUCAGGUUUAACCAUGUGUAAAAAUAAGGAAGUUUAUUGUGCUUACAGUGCCUUUGUUAAUGUAAUACAACAGGAUGGGCUGUCUGAUGUGAUUCAAUGUGUGUUGCACAGACCAUUUUUGAAAGCAACACAAAAAACUUAACAUGCACUAUAGAUUAAAACCAGUUUCAGAACUAAAAUAUAUGUUAGUAGUGAUUCUGAGUCUCUCACAUUCAGUCAUCCUCACAUUAUUAUUAUUUGUAAAAAAAAUUUCCUCUGGGGUCGUUUAAAGCAUAAAGUAACAUUUAAAUAAUAUGUAUUUUUUGCCUUUUCUGGCUUCUAAAGCCUUGGGAUAAUACAACAACCAAUGAUUAACUUUAGCAAUGUUAAUGUUAUUGCAGUCAAAAUCAUAAAACAAAUAUAAGAGUAGGCUGUUUACAUUUUUGUAGCUUUAGUCAUUACCUUUUGAUUGUUAUAAACCAUGAAGUUACAAAAUAAAGAAAAAGUACACACGCUUCAUAUCAAUAAAGAUAUUAAUGGUA